UGCAGAAACAAAAGAAACGGUCAGAGCUGAUCUGGAGCUUACGGCACCCAGCGCCGACCGGACCGGACCCACAAGACCCGCCGACCCGACCGGACCCCCAAACACCCGGACCUGCCGACGCGACCGGACCGGACCCACCGGACCCCCAAACACCUGGACUCACUGGCAGCAUGCAGCUGCAGACUCCACACCUCACUCUGGUUCUGAUCAGCCUGCUGAGUCUCAAUUGUGGCAGCUGGGCUCAGUCAGCGUUUACCAUCGACUCGGUGAAACUGACCCUUCUGCCGGGUAACUCAGUGGAAAGUGGCACCAAAGUGACCUUGCGCUGCGAUGUGAAGGUCAGCCACAGUUUCCCCCAGCUCUCCCACACCUUCACCUUCAUGAAGUACAACACCAUCAUCUACUCCAAAAACAGCAGCCAGGCCAUGGUGGAGCGCAGCUUUACUCCAGCCAGACGGUCCAACAGCGGCUCCUACCAGUGCCGGGUCACCAUCCACUCCAAGGAGAAGAGCAGCAACACCGAGACCCUGACCGUCAGAGGUCUGCAGACGCCGCUGCUGAGGGUGGAGUCGAAUGUUGUGAAUGAAGGUGAAAAGGUUACAGCUACAUGCAGCGUUCCAGAGGAGACCGGUCCCCUGCAGUUCUCCUUCUACAGGAACCAGCAGAUGUUUAUGAUCCUCACCUCCAAUGAAAACUCAACCAACACUUCUGUGGAAUUCCAGGAAUCCGGGGAAUCGGACCUGCACUGCACCUACAGACACAUGGAGUUUCCAGACUCAUCCAACAGCAGCAACAUCGAGAGAGUCUUAAUCCAACCUGUUACUAUCAUCCCCUCGAUAAAAGUUCAACCUGGUUUGGAGGUGGUGGAGGGGGACCGGGUGAGGAUCAGCUGUGAUGUUUUGGGUCACAGUAAAAAUGGGUAUGAAGUUUUCCUAACGGACAGAGAGACGCUGCUGAUGUCCAGCCCGUCAUCCUUUACCCACAGCUUUGAGGUGAAUGCCAGCAGCAGCGGGAGAUAUGUGUGUAAAGUGGAGACGGGCAAGACUGAGAAGAUCUCCACCGCAGAGCUGUUUGUAGCAGAGCUGUUGUCGAGGCCUGUUCUGAGCAUGAGUCCACAGCAGGUUUUCCAGGGCCAGAUGUUAACUCUGAGCUGUAGGACUCUCAACAUCAAUCAAGAGAGGAUCACUAAGGCAGACGUGAAGUUUGAAUUAUACAAAGACCAGCAUCCUCUAAAAGAAGGCCACACCUUCAACUUCACAGCAAGCCAAUCCAGCAACGGGAACUACACCUGUAGAGCUACAGCUAAGAACAUCACCAAGGAAAGCAAACAGCUGAUAAUUAACGCCAAGGUGCCGGUCUCACCUCCAGUUAUUCGAGCGGUCGGACAGGUGAUAGUGGGGAAGCCAUUCCAGCUCCUGUGUGAGAGUGAACUGGGAACUCUGCCCAUCUCCUACACAUUACUGCGGUACCAGAGACCCUUUUACACGCUGACCGUAUCCGGACCUCAACGCAGCGCAGUGUUCAACAUCUCCUACAUCAACCAUGCAGAUGAAAUCCACAGCUUCACCUGUCAGGCCCAGGGAGGAGCCUACAGCAGGUUCAGCCAAGCCCUCAACACACCUGUCAUAGAACCUGUGUCCAAGCCGGAGCUGUCUCUGGGGUUUCCCAGGGGUCAGACGUUCACAGAGGGGACGGAUGUGAGUCUGUACUGCAGUGUUCAGCAGGGCACGGUGCCGGUGACCUUCUUCUGGUACCGGGUCGGUUCCUCCAGACCCCUGUUCACCAGUCGCUCCUCCGUGACCCGCGGAGAACACGUCAUCAGAUCCAUCACCCGAGAUCACCGGGGAAAGUACUACUGCGGAGCCUACAACGACGCCGGCCAGACCCAGAACAGCGAACCGGUCACUGUCGGAGUGAAUCUGGCGGGCUGGAAGAAAGCCGUCAUCGCUGUGAUCUGCAUCCUGAUCCUGGUUCUCAUCGUCGCAAUUCUGGUCCUGUUCCUGAAGAAAGCCAGAACUCCCCGUAAACGAAAGCGAGCGGUUGAGCUCUCUGUAAAACCGGCGCGCCCGAAAUCCAGCGACCCAAUGAGGAUGAGCCUCACUCUGGACAUCGAGGACAACACAGCAGUUAACAACACUCCGGGAGUGAUGGGCAGGAACGUGUGGAGUGAUCACGUCUCAGACUCCGAAUCCGAUGAUCCGGGUCGGGAGGAAGAGUGUGAGAAGUUGAGAUACACAGAGAUUCAGCCUCAGCAACCCAACAACCCUGAAGAAGUAGCUCUGGUGGUGGAGGAGUGUGUGAUAGUGAAUAGUGAGCUGCAGGAUGGAACACAGGAAGAUCCAGACCAUCAAACCACAGACUCUGUGGAGUACGUCCAGCUCAACCACUGCAAUCAGAACCCCGAGUAAACCCGGCCGCACCCUGGCUCCGCCCCCUUUAAUUACACCGCUAAUUUAUUCUGCUUCUCCACUGGGGAGGGGGGAGGGGGGGCGCACGGCUGGACACGAGCCGGCGGUCCUGUGGGAUAUUUGUGUGUAUAUGAGUUAAACAGUCGUGGUGUUGAGUUAUGUGUUGAGUUAUGGAUGCUGUUAUUGACAUUGUGUUGAAUUAUAGAUGUUGUGUUGGGUUAUGGACAAUGUGUGUAAAGCUGAGAAUAAAGGUUCUGCUUUCAGAAAUCA